AACGUGGCGGCGGGCAAGGCGCCCAUGCAGUCGUCAGUGGCUGAGGGCGGAAUCCCACAGAAGGCGGUGGACGGGUCGAGCUCCACCACCUUCAGCGUCGACACCUGCACGCUGACCAACGCAGAGCGGCAACCCUGGUGGUACGUCAACCUCCUGGAACCCUACAUGGUCCAGCUCGUCAGGCUCGACUUCGGCCAGUCUUGUUGUGGUAACCAGCCAGCGACCAUUGUGGUGAGGGUGGGUAACAACCGGCCUGACCUGGCCGUCAACCCAAUCUGCAACCGUUUCGUGGGCCUGCUGGAAGAGGGCCGCCCACUCUUCCUGCCCUGUAACCCGCCCAUGCCUGGAGCCUUCGUUAGCGUCCACUUCGAAGCUCCCGCUGGCGUCCAACUCUCUAUCUGUGAAGCCUUCGUGUACACAGACCAGGCGCUGCCCAUCGAGAGGUGCCCGUCUUUCCGUGACCAGCCCCCAGGAAGCACUGCCACGUACAACGGCAAGUGCUACAUCUUCUACAACCAGCAGCCUCGCAACUUCGACGACGCCCUCGAGUUCUGCCGCAGUCGCGGGGGCUCUCUGGUGGACGAGACCAACCCGGCCCUGCAGGGCUUCCUCAGCUGGGAACUCUGGCGCAAACACAGAGGUGACCCCAAUGGCCAGUACUGGAUGGGCGCCGUUCGUGACCCCGAAGACAUUAACAACUGGAAGUGGAUUAACGGUCAUGACGUCACAGUCUCCUUCUGGAACCUGCCUGGCGGGAACGAGAACUGUGCGAGGUUCGACGGCACCAAGGGCUGGCUCUGGUCCGACACCAACUGCAACUUCGACCUCAACUUCAUCUGUCAACACCGGCCCCAAACAUGCGGCAAGCCGGAGCAGCCGCCCAAUUCGACGAUGGUGGCGGCCAACUACAACGUGGGCACAGAUGUGGAGUACCGCUGCGACCCUGGCCAUGUCCUGGUGGGACCCUCCCAGCGCUCCUGCCUCAACUCCGGCUUCUUCAACGAGUUUCCUCCUACUUGUAGAUACCUGGAGUGCGGAGCGCCGGCGCCCAUCCGCAACGGCACCUACACCCUGGUCAACGCUACCCGCUACUACAUGAGCGUGGUGAGGUACGAGUGCAAGCCGGGCUUCGUUCUCAUUGGCAGACCGGACCUCAUCUGCGACAUCGACGAGCGCUGGAACGGGCCUCCGCCCAGCUGUGAACCCGUGACCUGUGACGCCCCUCCUCCCCUCGUCCACGGCUCCUCCAACUUCUCCUCCCCUACCGUCACCGUCGGCGUCUCCGUCGUGUACUCCUGUGACGACGACCACACGCUGGUGGGGCCUCGUCUCAUCACCUGCACCUCUGAGGGCGUCUUCGACCAGGAGCCCCCUCGCUGCCAAGUGGACGAGGCAGUCAAACCAGACCUGACGGAGAACAGGAGACCAAACCACCCGCGCAGACCCAAUCGGCCCCGCGGAGACCAGCAGCGGCCACGGCCUCCAUACCUGGCCGACGAGGAGGACAAUUACGUGGAGGCCAGCAACCCGGGUCUGGCCACCGUCUUACCCUCCCUGGAGGCCGGUCAGGACAACAGUAUCAACAACAUCAAUGAUGACAGGAGUCAGAGUGUUGAUGGUCCCAGUUACGACUUGAAAGAGGAAGGCGGCGGCAAGGCGACGGAGAAGCUGCAUCUUGGUGGAAUCAUCGCUCUGGGAGUGUUUGGUGGGUUUGUCUUCCUGGCGGCAGUGAUUACCACCAUCGUCAUCUUGGUUAGAAGGACGCAGCAUGCACCAUCCAAGAAGUACAUCCGUCGCAACGAUGAUGGUACCGCCUCCUCCUACGACUCCUCGUCUUCUGACGGCCAUGGUCUCAACAAAUACUACAAGAGGGCCUGGGAGAACCUGCGUGAAGGCGGCGGCAGUGGAGGAGACCUGGAGAAGAGCGGUCAUCCUCGUCUCGCCCGCACGGAGACCCUCGACCAACCAGACUUCAGGUCCACACGCUCAAUGGGUCAAGAGGGCCUCCGCGACGGCUCGGAGAUGACGGUCAACGACGUGGCAGCCAUGUACACCCGCCCGGAGAAGCGCCGUCACCACCACCACCACCACGGACACCGCCACAAGGGAGGACGGGACACAGACCGUGAUCACCAUGACCGCCAUGAGCACCAUGACCGCCAUGAGCACCAUGACCGCUCAGAUCGCCAAGAGCGCCCCGAUCGCGCUGAUCGUCAUGAUCGCCAAGACCGCGACUGGCGCGACCGCAGGAAGUACUAAGGGCAACCGGCCAAACACUUUGAACUACGUUAACGACACAACCAAACCACGCAGGGGAGGAACCUCGGAAGGAAAGAAGUGGCGGGAAACAUUCCCCGCGCUCACAGGCGACCUUCUUGGAUAUCUCGAAUGACAUUUGAUUCUAUUAACAGAAAAUUCAGUCUCUCUAUUGUCUUGCGACGAAAUUAAUAAGACAAUCCAGUCACGCCAGCAAGUGCCGAAGACAUUUUAUAUAAUUAUAUGCUGUUUGUCCCUGCCGUUCGUGUCAUUGUCGGGUAUCCGUCUCCAGGUAACUAGAGAACAGUUAACAAAUUUCCUUAAGAGUAUCGGUGGGUUUGCUUGUGGGUAAUUUUGAGUCUUACCUUCAACUUCCAUUAGCGUCUCCACAGGUGUUGAAAGGAAAUGGAGUGAACCAUUUCUCCCUCAUUCAAAUUCUUAUCUAUAGGGGGGUCAUUUCCUCUUGGAAUGGUCUAAUGAUUGGUAUCUUUCUCCACUGGGAAAAUCAAGUGGGUAAAUCUGUUGUAUGCGAGGAGAGUGUAGUGUUCGUCCACCCCUCACUGUACCCAGGUCCAAUACUCGGGCAUUUCUUAUUGUAUUACAGCACCAGUAUUGCUCACUUCUCUUACUCGAACCAGGUAAAAGUGUGCAGAGUUAAAUUAUCUGUGUAAGGCAUAUGAGCCCCUUUCUUUAUUUCUAAAUGGAAGGUCUCAGAUCUGCUCAAUAUUAUUUAUUUUCCAGUAAGGUAGAGGCGUUUAGCCAGUGUGUGCGAGUCAUUUUGUCUCAUCUCACUCCUCCGCGAAGAUGCGCAUUAUCUCAUCUGUGAUUCAAUAUUUAUUUCCAAUGCUUAUCUUAUCUUAUUAUGCUUAUCUUUUAAGCAUAUCGUUAAAGACUUGUUCCGUUGGUUAAUGCUCAUCCAUGCUACAGUUUUAUCCUAAGUUGAUAACGAGGAAUUUUAUAUUACUAGUAAUGUAUUAUUAUUAUUAGUAUUACUAGUAAUGUGCUAGUGCCUAUAUUCACUACGAUAAGUAAUUAGUAAGUUGUUCCCCUUUAAAUUUCCCACUUGCAAUUCUUAGCUCUGUUAUGGGCUGUAAUCGUGGUCGGAGGAUUAGCCAACUGUAGCACUAUAUAUAUUGUUAUUUUGUCCCCGUGGACAAAAUCACAGGACAUCACAUGAUGUCACUGAUGUAUCUACCCAGUGCUGACAUCACUUGUUUCGCCUUGUUAUUGUUAUUAUUUAACGUGUGUGUGUAUUCUUAUUUAAUGAGUAUCUUUACUUUUCAUGAAAGGAAACAGAUUUUUUUUCAAUUUUGAAAAAGGAAUAUUGGUUAGGCUCGUCAUCCUCCCCAUCACCUGCCCAAACUUCAAAUGGACAAAUUUAUAAUGUCAAGAUCAUAAUUUUCUGAUUCCCCCAAAAUAGCCAAUACAGUAUUUUCAAAUUAUUGUUACGAUAACCCUCCCUAAGGCUAUUGGAAUGGACAAGCCCAUACAAAAUGGCAAAAUUAAUUCUUAGGAAUCAAUGCAGUCUAAUCCUUACUGCCAACAUAGUCAAACAAAUUUGACACGCGAGGAAGUCAAACAACAAACUCUUAUAAUCUGCAAACAAUGAAUUCACUAUCGACAUUGGAAACGGUUGUAUAUUCGAUCUGCUCAGAUGCGAUAUUAAAUUAAUUAUACUAUUGGAGCCUUGACGUGGAAAUCUAACGGUUUCUUUGUAUAAACUCUUACUUCAUCUCUUAUCACCGGGCUUGGCCUGUUGUGCCAAUCAAGCUUUUACAGUUCUGCUUGUCUUCAAUUAGUCAGUCAUGAAAUAUCACCAAACACACUGUUUUAAUCCUCAAUCACCUUACCUUCAUAUCAUCAUCGCCUACAUUAAUGUAAUUUCUCUAAAUGUAGUCUUUGGAGGCAUUAACUAUUUAUUAUUGUAUAAUUUGUGCUUCUCUUUAUAAAUGAAUUUGUACGAUAUCUUUAGGCUUCCAGAUAGCCUCUUGCAGGAGCUGAGGUUAAUGGAGACAUCGUCCCUUAAACAUUUGUAAAAUCUUAGUUAUUAGCCUUAAAUGUUUACUUGGAGAAUAUUGUGUUUAUUCAUUAUCUUAUACUGUAAUCUGUAUUCGUACUUUAGCGAGAAGUGACCAGCAGUAACACUAGCGUGAUGUGUAAAUGAACGAUAAUGAAGGAAUUACGCUUGUUGUAACUGCACUAUGGUAAUGUUUGUAUAAAUGAUAUGUAUGAUAAAUAAUAAAGUUGUAUACAUAAA